AUGUCGGCGGAUUUUUGGGCGGGCUACGUAUCCGGCGCAGCAGGCAUAAUUAUUGGCAACCCUCUUGACCUGAUAAAGACGCGUCUGCAAGCUGGUAAAUCGGCGCAAAAUGUCGAAGCUACAACGGCGACAUGUGCGGUGACAGCAUCACAGGGGUACAAGGGACAAUUUGAAAAUGCCGGGACACUCGUAAGAGGCGCAACAGCACCCAUUCUGACUUACGGCGCGCUCAACGCCCUUUUAUUCAUGACAUACAAUCGCACUCUCUCGCUCCUUAACGACCCUCCUGCCUCUCCUCAAAACUUCUCCAAAGUCUUUUUAGCAGGUGCAACAGGCGGCCUCGCAUCCUUCGUAGUCAGCGCACCCACUGAACUCGUCAAGUGCCGUGCACAAGUUGCCACGAGCGCGACAACGACGUCAUGGAGUGUAGCGAGAGAUGUGUGGAAGGCGGAAGGCAUCAGGGGCUUGUACUAUGGGGGCGGAAUUACUAGUGUGAGAGAUGCAGUGGGAUAUGGGUUCUAUUUCUGGUCUUACGAACUCUCGAAACAAGCCUGGAGCUCACCAGACGAUUCAGAUAGGGAAACGGCUAUGAAGGUGCUGCUGUGUGGAGGUCUGGCUGGAGUGAUAACAUGGGCAUCCAUAUUUCCGCUGGAUGUUAUCAAGACUAGGGUACAAACGCAGGUACUACAUGCAUCCGUACAACACGGUGAACAGAGCUCGCUGUUAGGAGCAGAAACACCCAGGACGCGUUUGAGCUCUGUCGAGAUCGCCAGACAGGCCUACCGGACAGAAGGCGCAGGCGUUUUCUUCCGCGGCCUUGGGAUAUGUAGUAUACGGGCGUUCGUGGUUAAUGCCGUUCAGUGGGCUGUUUACGAGUGGAUGAUGAAGAUGCUACAGCAAUAA